AUGGCUUUAGCAGUUUCUUUAGCCUUGUUCCUUGUCUUCUUGUUUCCCAUUUGCUCUCUGGUUCAGGGAGUUGAAUUCCUGUUCAAUGGGUUCAAUGGAAGUGAAUCAAAUCUGACCCUGGAGGGGGCUUCUAUAGUCAAGCCCUCCGGUAUGAUCAGGCUCACUAACAAAACACAUAAUAUUAUAGGCCAUGCAUUCUAUGACAAACCCAUAACCAUGUUCGACAAAAACUCUUCUUCAUACCCCAAUGCUUCUUUCAGCACACAUUUUGUUUUUGCAAUAGUCUCAUCAAGCCCCGACAAAGGUGGCUUUGGCCUAGCCUUCACACUGGCUCCCUCUCCACGGUUCCCCGGGGCUGAACCCGGGCACUUCCUUGGGAUUUUCAACUCUAAAAAUGACAAUAGCUCUUCGAACCACAUCUUUGCUGUUGAAUUCGAUACGGUAAACGGGUUCAAGGAAAACUCCAACACUGCAGGAAACCAUGUUGGCAUCAACAUUAACAGUGUGUACUCUGUGGCAUCUGAACCAGCUGCUUACUUUGUCGCAGGUGCCCACAAAGAAGAAAUCAACUUGGAGAGCGGUGAUCUUAUCCAAGCUUGGAUAGAUUAUGAUGGAAAAACUCAAAUUGUGAAUGUCACAAUAGCUCCCAUAGAUAAGAACAAACCAGAGAAACCACUAUUGUCCCAUCAUGUCAACCUAUCCCCUACUCUUCAAGAGACUAUGUAUGCCGGCUUCUCUGCAUCCACAGGGAAAGAGGUAAGCUCUCAUUACAUAAUAGCAUGGAGUUUUGCAGUGGAUGGGAUGCCAAGUCAACUCAACCUUUCCCAGCUUCCUAACCCACCAAAAGAGAAAAGUUCAUCCUCUUACAAACCCCUGAUUAAGGCUCUUAUCGUGGCCUUAUCGGUUGUGGUCUUCGUGUUGUUGGGAAUUUUGUUCUUCUUUACCUUGUAUAGAAAAAUGGUGGGAUUUGAGUCUGAGAGUCUUGAGGAUUGGGAGCUGGAUUGUCCUCACAGGUUCAAGUACAAGGAUCUUCAUGCAGCAACAAAGGGUUUCAAAGCCUCUGGUGUGAUUGGAGCCGGCGGCUUUGGUGAAGUUUACAAAGGUGACUUAGCUUCUACUGGAUGUGAAAUUGCAGUUAAGAAGAUCACAAGAAAUUCCAUUCAAGGAAUGAGGGAAUUUGCGGCAGAAAUCGAGAGCUUGGGACGAUUGAGGCACAAGAAUUUGGUCCAUCUCCAAGGCUGGUGCAAGAAAAAGAACAACCUCCUUAUAGUCUACGAUUACAUCCCAUAUGGAAGCCUUGACACACUCAUUUUCGAGCCCAGAGGCAACUUUGUAUUGAGCUGGGAGCAAAGAUUCAACAUCCUCAAAGGCAUUGCCUCCGGAUUGUUGUAUCUACAUGAAGAAUGGGAGCAAGUGGUGAUUCACAGGGACGUGAAGUCGAGCAAUGUCUUGAUAGAUGCAGACAUGAACCCCCGGCUAAGCGACUUUGGUCUUGCCAGGCUCUAUGAUCAUGGGGAAAUAUCACACACCACAGGUGUGGUUGGUACAAUUGGGUACAUUGCCCCUGAAUUGGCUCGCACAGGGAAGGCCUCCACAUGCUCUGAUGUGUUCGCAUAUGGGGUUUUGCUCCUUGAAGUGGCUUGUGGGCAAAGACCUAUCGGCUCAGGCGAAUUCAUUCUGGCGGAUUGGGUGAUGGAGAAGCAUCAAGAGGAUCGCAUACUCGAAACCGUUGAUCCAAACUUGGAUUCGAAUUAUGUUGUUAAGGAGAUGAAGUUGGUGCUGGAGCUGGGUUUGAUUUGCUCUCACUACAGACCAGACGGUAGGCCUACAAUGAGACAAGUGGUACGAUAUCUCCACGAGGAUGAGGAGCUCCCAGAAAUAGACAACUGGAGCAUUGUUGAUUCUGGACGGAUCAGUGAAACGAACGCAAGAUUUAUGCAGCUCCUUUCGACUGAUACAAUCACAUCGUAUCAGUCAUCAUCCGUAGGUGGGAUCUCUUGCAGUUCCAUGAGCGGUGGCAGAUAG